CUAAGUAUCUUGCUAAUCAAAAUUAACAAUGGAUAAUUAAAGUUUCGUGCAUGUUUAAAAGAAAGCCAGAACCUUCUUUUGUUUGUAUUUCAGCCGGUAUUUUCAUUUCCUCUGAUUUAAUACGCGAGCGAAUUCACAACCUUUCUCCUCUCAGACCAUCACUUUCUCUCUCCUUCCGACUUAUUCACACGGGCGAGACAAUGUGGAAGACCGAAGACGCCCCGGAGGAAACAAAUAGCGAUUCGUUUCAGCAGGUGAAGCAAAGGCUCAAGGACCGAUCCAAGAAAGUGGCUCAGACGAAGGAUUUGCUCUCCAAACAAGCGGUUAAGACCAAGGAGAUCCUCUCCAAACAGGCCGUUAAGAUCGCCAAACAAGCUGAAGAACACGAAAGUUUCAUCAGCAAGGUGACACAUCUUUUGGGAGUCCUCUCGUUUGGCGGGUUUUGCUUUCUUUUAGGAGCAAGGCCCCAAGAUAUUCGUUAUGUAUAUUGUUUGUUCUAUGUCAUCUUUGUUCCUCUUAGAUGGAUAUAUUACCGGUUCAAGAAGUGGCAUUACUAUCUUUUGGAUUUCUGUUAUUACGCAAAUACAAUUUUUUUGGUUCACCUCCUUCUGUACCCAAAGAAUGAAAAGCUCUUCAUGGUCUGCUUCUCAUUUGCUGAGGGGCCCCUGGCAUGGGCAUUGAUUAUCUGGCGUUGUAGCUUGGUGUUUAGUUCUCUUGACAAACUUGUUAGUGUCCUCAUACAUCUUCUACCAGGGAUAGUGUUUUUCACCAUUCGAUGGUGGGAUCCUGCAACGUUUGCAGCCAUGCAUCCAGAGGGAACGUCUCAUAGAGUUUCAUGGCCUUAUGUAGAAGAUAGAUCUUACCUGUGGAAAUGGCUCUUUAUUGUUCCCUUGUGUGCAUACACCCUCUGGCAGAUUCUUUACUUCCUCAUCGUCAAUGUUCUGCGCCGACAAAGGCUGUUAAGAGAUCCUGAAGUCAUGACAUCUUAUAGGGAACUUUCGAAAAAGGCACAGAAAGCAAACAACUUAUGGUGGCGCUUAAGUGGUCUGCUUGGGGACCAAAACCGCUUGUUGAUGUACAUUUUGCUGCAAGGUCUAUUCACUGUAGCGACGAUGGCACUUACGGUUCCCAUCUUCUUAUCCUACGAGCUACAUGUCAUUUUCCAAGUACUCAAGGUUUCUGCGACUGCGUGGAAUGGAGGGAGCUUUUUGCUAGAUGUGAUGCCGAAGCAGGUCAUUCUCAAGGAGAAGAAGAAAUCGGAGAUGCAGCCAGUGCAACCUCAGCAAGAACCGUCCGAGAUCUUACCAGAAAAUACCACGCAGGCUGAGAACUCAGCUGAAAGCGAACUCUCUUUGUUGGGACAUUCUUUUUGCGUAACAAAAGACUAGUGAUGCUUCUAAAUUUCUCUAUUCUGAGAAAUCAGCUCUCGCUUGCAGACUCAUGUUUGAAUACUGCUCGUUUCACAAGUCCGUGAAUUUUGAUGGGCGAGAUAAUGUGGUUCUUGAACAUGUCAAUUGAAUUUACAAGAAAGCUUGAAAAUUUCUCUGACAUGUACUUUUGCACCGAGAAUAAUAUUUUGAAGAAUUACGGUCAGAAACUGUUUUACUGAUAUUUGAAGUUGCAAGGCUGAAACAUUGCAUGCCAUAAUGUAAGAUUUGUUGCUCAUUCUCCUUCAAUCAUAUGUUCUUCGAAAAAAAGGUGGUCCGGCGAACCACUU